UUGGGGGAAGGUAACAUUUAUGUGAUGAGACAGGUGGGGAGUAGGAGAGUUGAAGGUGUUAGGAAAAGACAAAUUUUCCAUAUGUUGUCCGCCAACACUUGCACUCUUCCGUCCCAAUUCCCACCGCCAUCCCCAUGCCGUCAGUAUUGCCGCCUCACCGUCGUCUGCUCCUCCUUCCGCCGCCGCAGUCGCAGUCGCAGUCGCAGUCGCAGGCGCCACAACAAAGUGUCUCUCCCCACCUCUCCCUCCACUUCCGAAGGCAAACUCGAAGCCGUCAUCGACCUCACUCCCAUAACCGCUUUCCAAUCUGACCUCCGCCGAUUCCUCUCUUCCGGCAGAGACGCCUACCUCGAUUUGCAAACCCUCAUCACUCUCGACCACGACCGCAGGCUCCUCGUUUCCUGUCGCCCUUCCACCUUGCAUUUCCUCCGAACUUCCGCCUUUUUCACCUUCCUCGCGUUUUCCGUUAUCACCGUUUUGCCCAAAUUGGUUUCUAGGGUUUGGUCGUGGCGUCGUAACGCCUCCAGCUAUAAGCCUGUGGUGGUGCGGAGGGACCGGAGUCUGGGCGGAAAAGAGGUGGUUGUUGCGUGGGGCCAACCACCCCAAAGGAGUGAUACCAAUCCCUUGUCUCUUCCGCUUCGGGAUUCCGUGAAGCGCUCGGCCAAGAAUAACGUUCGGGUCCAAAAGAAGCUGCCGAAAUGGUGGCCAACUGUAAUCAAUGUCAACGCUUCUCUUUUUGACCCCAGUGAACAGGACGAGUACAAGAGGGAGGCUUAUAGAGUGCUUCGAGCAAUCACCAACAGUAGAUUGGGCGGAAAUGACAUCAUGGAGAAUGAUAUAAUUCAAUUACGUCAACUGUGCAGAACUGCUGGUGUGCAAGUGUCUAUUGAACCAACAAAUGUCCGGGACUCCUUGUAUCGAGCAUCUGUUAACUUUGUUUUAAAUGUAUGCAGCAGGGCACCAACCAACUCAACUUCAAUUGAUAUAAAUGGUGAGGAUGCUCCGCAAUUCCUUGCUGGAUUUGCUGAAAAUAUUGGCCUUGAAAAUGUUCGUGCUGCAACAAUUGUGUCUGCAGCUGUUGCUGCUCGCACCCGCUCAUGUCUUCUACAGGCUUGGGCUCUGGAAAUGCAAGGCAAACAGGUUGAUGCUAUAGUGGAACUGUCAAAGAUAUGCCUUCUUCUACGAAUAUUUCCUCCCGAGGAGUCAUCGCCUGAAAUGGAGAUGGUUAGUCGUGGCCUAGAAAAACACUUGAAACUAGAACAAAGAAAACACCUUAUGUUUCUCUUUGGUAAAGUCUGUGGCGAGGACAGUCAAAGGAUUGCAAGAGAAGCCCUUGGUUUGAUGCAUUAUCAAAAUGGUUGCGCUGACCAACUUGAAGACAACAUCGCGCCGUGAAAAUUAAUCUCUGCCUUCAGCCUCAUUCGGGGAAAAAAAAAAGACUGACUGAAGAUGCAUUCUUUUAGAAUAUAUCAAGUUUAAUCUUUAGAUUAUUAUAUCUGUUUAUUCAAUAAUAUUUAGAAAGUUUCUUUUAGUGAUGUAUAUUAUUUUCAAUGUCAAAAGAUGAUUCUUUUAUUGUCAACAAUGUUAGCUUUUUAAUAAUUUGAAUGUCUUUUUACCAUUAUUGAAAAUUAAGGAGCAAAUC